AUGAAGGAUCUGAAUGACAAGUUGACAGUCGAGAGAAACGCUGGCAAGCCCUCGGUUAUUGGACUUGACACAGAGUGGAAUGUGAAUGACGAUCCGCAUUACGAUCAAGUUGAUGUCAUUCAGAUUGCUCAUGGCAAUACAGUGGACGUUCUGCAUAUUGAUAGAUCCUGGCUCGCACUUCCCAAGGAGCUUGUAGAUAUGCUUGUAAAUGCUGAUAUCACGAAAGUUGGAAGAAGCAUUGGUGUUGAUUUCUCUCGUCUCAAUAAUCGAUUCGGAAUUGAAUGCAAAACGAAGUUGGAGCUAGGAUCAUUCUGUUCUGCACGGCAGCUAAUCUCAACAGGUACAAUGUCAUUGCCAGACAUUUCGCUAUUUAUACUUGGUGCCCCUCUUGAUAAAGGCCCUCAAAGAAGCGCAUGGAAUAUGGCUGACCUCUCGCCAGAUCUAAAUUAUGUUGCAAUUGAUGCUAGGGCUAGUUUGGCCAUCUACAGUGUUGCUGUGAAUCAUCUGCCUGUUGGUAAUCGUGUGCUUCCUACCUGUCCAGUUGGUUCCUUUGUAGAUGUGAUGCCUCCACAAAACAGUCAAGCUGUUGCCUACGGCGAAAUCGUAGUUGAUGGUAGCACAGCAACUGUAAGAAUUACAAAAGUAUAUGUUCCUGGAUAUCUGGCAAAUGGUAUUGCUUUGCAAACAUAUGGUAAACCACCAUUUGAACUGAGAGUUCCUGCAGCUCAUCUCAUCACAGCUGCUUCACCAUCUGAAGCCUCGAGUAUUUCCUCUGCUAAUCCUACCGCCACUAGCGAUCCUGUAAUAGCUACGCCAGUAAGCAAUCCCAAUGCUAUCAUGGAGUCAGAAAUUCAGUCAAAGAUGCAAGAGAUUUUUGGUGAUGCUAUAGACAGGGUUGACAAGGCUGGCUUUACCAGUGGCUAUCGACAGUUUGCUUGGUAUAAUGCUGAUUCCAAAAUUGCUUUUACUCGCGUCGUCAAAGACAUUUUUUAUUUGAUGGAUAUGAUCAAGCCUCAUAAGAGACACACCUUGUAUAAGCAAUUCACUAGAAAAUUUAGUGAAAGCCUAUUUACGAUUGAUGAGACUGACAAAGAAAAGGUCAUCGCGGCAUUUGGACAGAAAAGACUUAAGGAUCCAAGCUUUACACACACCUGGGAUUCGAAGAUGAAAUACGAUCGUGCGUUGUUGUGGAGAAGAGUACGAAGAAAGGUGUCUGCUCCUGAAGUGUUGCUUCCUCUUUUAAAAUCCUUGUUUCUUUCUUACGGCCCUCUGAAGUGCGCAAAAUCUGGAAGAGCACUGUUUGAUAAAAAAUCUUGGGAUCAAGCAGCUGCUGUCUUGAGAACAGUGCAGUUAGGCCAUGUGUCUGAUCCGCCAGAUGUACAAUUGUACAUUAAGACAGGAAAAUUGGACGAUCUCAAGCUGACACUCUAUAGAUGCAUCUGUGGAACAAGCUCUUUAGAAGGCGGAGUCCACCAGAACUUGAUUCGCAAAUUUGGGUCGUUUGGUGCUGGUCCAGAGCUGGCUAAUGCGAUGCUUACUGAAUACAGGCUGAGACAUAAUCUCGGCGUGGGUUUAAAGAACAGGCAUUCAGUCAUUUACAAAAGUCAUUAUGAUCCCUGGCUAGUUCAGCAUAUUGAUCUCUUGCGUCAAAAAUGGGAUUCAGGGCUGACACAAGAAACAUCGCUUUGUCUGUGA